GGUCUCUCGAAUAAACUAGCAGUUUACUGCAGACCUGUAUACCUGGCGAUAAUCGUUAAUUAACUUUUCCGCUUUGCACAGUCAUGUCCGCGAAAAGGAAGGUUCUAAUUGCAGUGGAUGGCAGCAAGAACUCUGACUAUGCAUUAAAUUGGUACUUGGAAAAAGCCCACCACGAGGGAGAUGAGUUGAUUGGAUUUCAUGUUUGGCAACAGAAACGUCUUCCCACCUUUAGUUUAAAAGCACCUUUCCAGCUUCCAGCUGAAGAGUGGAAAGAAAUCAUGGAGGAAUCCAUUAAAGAAGUGCAAAAAGUUGAGAAUGAAUUCACAACAAAAUGUCAUUCAAUCAAGGGCAAGAAGUUCGAGAGUGAGAGUAAUAACCAUCCAGGAGAGGCAAUUGUUAAGUUUGCAAAGGAAAAAGAAGUGGAUCUAAUCAUUAUGGGCACAAGGGGACUAAGUCAACUGCGUCGCACUGUCAUGGGUAGUGUUAGUGACUAUGUUCUGCAUCAUACCGAUAAACCUGUUGCUGUGGUGCCACUUAAAGAGGAAUCAGCUUAGAGGCUUUCAUUUUUCUGGAGGCAAUGGUUGCAUUGCAAUAGUUUUAGCUUUCAAUUUUGUCUUCUUGUUGAAUGGGCGUAGUUAGAUGUAGCACAACUGCUUCCUGCAUCAAUUUUCCAAGUAAUGCUUAAGGAAAUAUUACAUUGUUAGAUUAUGCACUAUGAGUAAGAAAUUAAAUGGAGCAAGUGGUAUGGUUUA